UUCAGCAUUUAAGAUGAACGAUAAAACGAUACAGAACGUUCAUAAUUGAUUUUAAGCUUUUACUAAUGUGCUGCAAUAACAUGUUAUAUUGGUUAUUCCCAGCUUGCACGAACGUGACAGGAAAAGUUUGCAGAUGAGGAGGGAAAUCUCCAGGUGAAACGACUGAAAUCUGCUGUAAAGAUGGAGUUUAUUAAAGAGGAGAUUGAAGACAUCAGUAUUACACAACCAUACACAAUAAAAAGUGAAGAUACUGAUGGACAAAGAGAGCUGACGGAAGUGAAAGAGGAAAGUCAAGAAUUCAAUAACGUGGAGAAACAACAUCAGAAACCUAAUAAUUUCAUAACUGGAGAAAAAUCUUUCAAUUGCUCACUGACUGAACAGAAUUUCUCACAAAAAAGAACUCGAAGAACAGGAUCUAAAAAAAUAUUCACCUGCCCUCAGUGUAGAAAGAGUUUCACACAUAAAGGAAACUUUGAUAUCCACAUCAGAUUUCACACUGGAGAGAAGCCUUUCACAUGCAGUCUAUGUGGAAAGAGUUUCACACUAAAAGUAAAUCUUAAGAGGCACCUGAGAAGUCACACUGGAGAGAAGCCUUUCAUAUGCAUUCAGUGUGGAAAAAGUUUCACUUGUUUAUCAUAUCUUAAUGUGCACGCAAGAAUUCAUGCUGAAGAGAAGCCAUUUACAUGCCCUGAGUGUGGAAAGAGUUUCACAUUAAAAGUAUACCUUAAGAGGCACCUGAGAAUUCACACUCAAGAGAAGCCCAUCAUAUGCACUCAGUGUGGAAAGAGUUUUACACAAGAAAGCCACCUUAGGAAGCACUUAAGACUUCACACUGGAGAGAAGCCUUUCACAUGCACUGAGUGUGGAAAGAGUUUCACUUAUGUGUCAUACCUAAAUGAGCAUACAAGAACUCACACUGAAGAGAAGCCUUUCACAUGCCACCAGUGUGGAAAGAGUUUCACACUAAAAGGAUAUCUUAGGAAGCACCUGCGAAGUCACACUGGAGAGAAACCUUACAUAUGCAGUCCGUGUGGAAAGAGUUUCACACAAGAAAGACAUCUUAGGAAGCACCUAAAGGCUCCGAUUCAUUCACGGCGAAGUUCUUCGCUCAGAGGUAGUAGGAAGUGCGAAACUGCUGAGCAACAACAUGCUGUUUGCGAAUAUUCAAACACCAGCCAUGUCGCUGACGGAGUUGUUUAGAGGAGCAUUUAAAAAUGAGGACGCUCAAGAUUACAUGUAAAACAUCAACUAAUGGGACAUUAAAAUGUGUUAUCAAUUACUUUAAGCCUCAUUCUAUGAGUAGAAUUCACAUGUGAUCAGUAAAAGAAGCUGUUUUAACCAGUGGUGGAAAGAGUAGGUUUUUUUUUUUUUUUACUUAAGUAAAAGUACUGCUACUAAUAAUAAUUCACUUGAGUAGAAGUACUGAGAAAUAUUAUGGCUCAAGUAAGAGUAAAUAAGUAGUUUGCCAAAAAACUACUCAAGUAAUUACAUUACAAGUUACAUGUUAUAUAUAUAGUAUAUACGCUUCCAUUUUUAGAACACAAAGACAUUUUUGUUCUUGAAAGAAAUGGAUGUUUCAUUUCAACAAGGUUGCAUUAAAUUGGAAUUGGAAACCAAAAUCAUUAAUUGCAAAUUAUUAUUACGGUUUGAAAUAAUUGUUUUAAGUGGUAUUUAUUCCAUUUUUUUCUUUACCCAUGAUGUCAAACAUAUACUGUGUCACCUAUUCCUUACAAAAUCAUUCUAAAGUGGUAAUUUGCUGCUCUAGAAAACGUUCUUAUUAUUAGAACAAUUGAAAAUGGUUGCGCUACCAUGUGGAAAUCACAAUACAGUGGGUUUUUCCCCAUUUGGUGAUGUAUUGAGUUCUUACAAGUUGCUUUACACUUGCAAGUCAAAUUUUGGGUUUAAAAAUAGACAAAAAGAAACACAUUUCUCCUGAACUUCUAUUUUCUCCUAAAGUUUAUUGUUUUAGAGAGAUGAAGGCCAUUCUGCAUUACUGUUUUGAAAAAAGAAUUUCUAACCAGGAUAGAGAGGAAAGUGGACGGCCAGAUGCACAACAAAAAGACAAAUAAAUCACAGUCUCUAGUUUGAGAAACAGACUCCUCACAGGUUCUAAACUAGCAGCUUCUAAAUGCCAAAGACCUGCAUUGCUGCAAGAGGAUUCUAGUACAAACAGAAAAUUUUAAGAAUACAACAUUUAUUUAAAUAGAAACAGCCAUUUGUAACAUUCUAAAUGUCUCUAAAUCAUCUCUAAUCUACAUAAUGUGCAUUGUGACUGAAACACAUUCCUAUUUCAGAUUUAUUCUCAUUCACGUAUGUCCAAGUAUUUUGGCUAUUAAGUUAACAUACUGUACAAAACUAAUAUAAUGCAAUAUCAUAGAGGAGGAAAUUUAUCCUAUAUAAUGCAGCAAUUAUCCAGAUAUGGAAUGAGAUUAUUAAGCAAACUGUUAUCAACUCCUACAUGCCAACUGAAUAAAAUAAUGCAAAAAUAAACAUUUGAAAUAAACAGUGUUUAGU